UUCUGCUGUAAUGUGACCAUAAGAAAACCAAGAAAACCCUUAAUGAAUGAUAACAGUAAUAUGAUUUACAGCUUUUAUUGUUAUGGUUGUGAUGCUGUAGUAGAUUGUGGAGUCUUCCCUGAUCGAAGAUAAACAACAGAAAUUAAAAACCGUUCCUCCUCCUCCUCUUUACCAAAUCCUGAUCGGAUUGAAAUAAAAUUGGUGGCAAUUAAUCCUCUGGGAUUGAGGAGUCCCCCCCCCCCACCUCCACCCUGCAGAUCCCACUUGUGAUUGGCUGACGCUGUGAUCCCGGGACACUGGAAUCACAUAAAUGGAGCUCGUCGGCCGGACCGUCCCGCUCUGUCCAUCAUCAUCUUCAUAGUCCGGUUAAGCACCAUGACGGGCCGGGAGGAGAUCAGCGAAGAGAAGCCUAAGGUCAAGAUGUUAUCUCCAGGAUUUGGGAUCGAUAAGUCCCGACUGCACGGCUCCGGGUUCCGCUCCAAAGGCUUUGCCAUCACCGACCUGCUGGGCCUGGAGUCGGACCUGCAGGGGCGACAUCAGCCCGGCGUCCCACCCGGCUCAGGUCUCUCGUCGGUGGCCUCGGGGCCCGGUUCAGAGCCUCAGGGAACCGGCGGAGGCCUCGGCGGCUUCACCUUCCCGGGGGGGUCCCUGCCCCUCGGCCUCGGCUUCCUGUGCAGCCUAGCGGCCCAGCAGCCCGCCGGAGCACCCUGCUUCCUGCCGGGACACCUGCCGCUGCUGCAGGCCCGGGCCGACAGCCACUACCUGCAGAACCUGGAGGCCCAGAGGGACUACUCCGAUGAAGAAUGUCUUUCUGACAGAAACGAUUCAAAAACAUCAGGGAACUCACAGAAGAGAAAGAAGCGGAGACACAGGACGGUGUUCACCUCCCACCAGCUGGAGGAGCUGGAGAAAGCUUUCCAGGAAGCCCAUUACCCCGACGUCUACGCCCGAGAGAUGCUGGCCAUGAAGACGGAGCUGCCCGAGGACCGGAUACAGGUGUGGUUUCAGAACCGGCGGGCGAAGUGGCGUAAGCGUGAGAAGUGCUGGGGUCGCAGCAGCGUCAUGGCUGAGUACGGCCUGUACGGGGCCAUGGUGCGACACUCCAUCCCUCUGCCAGAAUCUAUCCUCAACUCGGCCAAGAACGGCAUGAUGGGAUCCUGCGCCCCCUGGCUGCUCGGUGAGCCGCAUGCACGUAUGCACAAGAAGUCUUUAGAAAUGGCUAAAAAGGGUUCCAGUACGUCAGAGUCCGACUCAGCUCGGUCCGACUCAUUCUGUGACACCUCAGAGCGGAGAGGUGGCAGUGAGACCCGGGAGGUAGAACGUGAGGCAGGAGAACAGAACGAGGAGCUGUUAGAGGACGAGGAGGAUGAGGAGGUAGCCAUCGACCUGUCCAGCUCCUCUAAACUGCAGCAGCAGGUGGAGGAGGGCGAGAGGCCCAUAAAAUUGUCUCCACAGCAAAGUGGAGCCGAGGCCCCAGAGCAACACUGAGAAAUGACUGAAGACGGGUCCGCUUCAGCAGCACCGAAAUCUGAUGGCUGUUGUCUCAGCGAGCACAUAAAUCCAAUAAGUGAACAGUCAUUUCAUUAUUACUAUGUAAAGAUUUUAAUUAUAGCUGCUCAAAACACAGACAAUAACAGUCCAAGCUUAAACAGCAGUAUAAUAAAGACUGCUAUUCUAACACAUUAACAGAGGGGAGCAGUUGGGCAAUACUUUAAUGCUUGUUCAGGUGACUUUAACAACGAUUCUCUGUCCGUCUGUAUCGUAUUGUCAUGAGAGUAUGUUUGAUAUGUGUCUUUCACAAUUUAAGAUGCAAUUUAUUGUUUUAAUUCUACUUUGUUUCAUAGUUUGUUGCUGAUUGGUUUGACUAAAGCCAUGUGAAUGAAUGUAAUUUAAAUGUCCUAUUAAAAAAAGUCUCUUUAA